AUGUCCCUUGACGGUACACAGGACAACAUGCCUUCGCUGCAGCCUUAUCUGAAAACACUGAUUGGGGGGUUCUGUGUAGCGCUGACCAUCGUGCUUUGGGCACUUUGCAUUUGGCAGGUUAUUCUCAGGUUUGCACCAGAUAUGACACCCUCUGAAAAGCCUCCAUGCUUCUGCCAACACAAUGGAAUCUGUCCGGAUGGCCUAUGCCUUUGUCCAGAGGAUUGGAUAGGAUCCUACUGUGAGAUAGUUAACUUCUGUGACAAAAGUACUUAUGUAGUCAACGCUUCUCAAUAUAACCUUGCAUUUGAGAAAAUUAUUGUUGGCAAAUACGGAUAUUCUAUGGAGAAGUGUGACAAUGGCACUGUGAAUGCUGGUGCUCCCAAAGCAACUCGGAUGUGCACUAGAAAAAACGGAGUUCCUGUUCUUGAACCUCCAAGUGCAGUGAAUUGCAAUGUGACCCUGGUUGGCCUAUCAGAAAAGAUACAGUCUGUGAAUGAGACCACACCAACAGAUAUAGUGAACAUUGCCACCGACACACAGAUUCUCACUUCCAGUCCAGAACAACUCAACAGUACAGAUAUUUCUAUAGCUGCUUCAAUUGCAGAAAAGAUUCUAAAUCUGUCUGACAGCAAUGUACCAGGCGAGGAGUUUUUGCUAUAA